CGACUGACGUGGAAUGCAGAAAGAAGACUUCGACGUGAUCGUGCUGGGGCUCGGCGGCAUGGGCAGCAGUGCAUGCUUCAAUCUGGCCCAGCGCGGCCUGUCAACUCUUGGCAUCGAGCAGUUUGGCAUGGCGCACGCGCUGGGAAGUUCUCACGGGAAGAGCCGUCUCAUACGAAAGGCGUACGCCGAACACCCGAGCUACGUGCCGCUGCUGCAGCGCAGUUAUGAAUUGUGGGAUGAGCUGGCAGCACUGAGCGGUGAAGAUCUCUUCCACCGCACGGGACUACUUUACGUCGGCCAUGCCACGGACUCGGAAAUGCUUCGUGGCGUUGAAGCCAGCGCAGCAAUCCACGGCCUCCCUAUUGACCACUUGACAGCCAGCGACUGCCUCGCCAAACAUCCUUCCUUCAUCGUACCAGAGGGAUACAGAGCCAUAUUUGAAGCCGACGCAGGAUACAUCGUCGUCGAGCGCGCCGUCGCUGCCUUUUGCACGCAGGCCGAACGCCAUGGUGCAGAGCUGCACUUCAACGAGCAGGUGCUGAGCUGGAACAGCACUGGCGAUGGCGUUACAGUGACCACGAACUAUGGUGCCUACCGUGCGAAGAAACUCGUUGUAGCGGCAGGGCCGUGGGCAUCGUCGGUGCUGUCGGAUGCUGCUCUCCCGCUCACUGUGCAUCGAGUGCCCCUCUUCUGGUAUGACGUCCCAGCGCGUUCAGUACCAUCGCUGAACGGGAUGCCUUGCUUUGGGUUUGAUAUGCCGUAUGGAUUCAUCUAUGGCUUUCCACACACACCCGACGAUGGCCUCAAGAUCGCUGCCCACGUCGUGAACGAAGCCACCGCCGUCGCUUCGAACGAUCCUGCCAACGUCGACCGCACCACCUUCCCAGCCAGCGAGGAAGCGCUCGUGCGCAAGUGCAUUCAGUCUUGUUUACCGUGCGUCCCAUCGCCAGUGCCGCCCCGUUCGACCGUCACGUGUAUGUACACGAUGUCUCCCGACGGCCACUUUAUCCUGGAUUAUCAUCCAUCGCAUGCCAACAUUGUGAUCGCCGCUGGAUUCUCCGGCCACGGGUACAAGUUUUGUCCCGUCGUGGGGGAAAUCAUCGCUGAUUUGGUACAAGCCAAAUCGUCGUCGUACGACUUUGCGUUUUUGAGAUUGCACCCGACCCGGUGGAAAGAUCCACACCCUGCCUCCAUGUCUCCGCGGAGCCGUCGUGCCAACUAGUGGCCUCUGUCGUUCUAUCGACCCGUGCCAUUGCACAAACCUCUUUCUCCCCUUCAGUACACACUCCUCCUUGUACAUGCA